AUGCUGGACGAUGACCUCUCCUCCCCGGAGCUCCACUCGUCCGGUUGCAGCGACGCCGACGACGAUGGCACGAUGGGAGACCUAGCAAAGAACAAUGUCCUUCGUUUACUGUUGCCCUUGGCUUCUACUAUCUCACAGUUUGGUGCCACACCGAGUCCUGGUUGUGCAGCUUUGGAGCCUUAUAAGGUGACAUACAAACCCUAUCAAUCUUCGGCCCAGAAUACUGGCUCACCAGGCCAGGAAGUAGCCGCAAGUGACUCCUUUGAAGGGCUGCAACAGCAGUUUUUAGGAGCUAAUGAAGAUUCUGCAGACAACAUGCAGAUUAUACAACUUCAGGUUCUUAACAAAGCAAAAGAAAGACAGCUCGACAGUUUGGUCGAGAAGUUAAAUGAAAGCGAACGUCAGAUCAGAUACUUGAAUCACCAGCUUCUGCUCAUCAAAGACGAGAAGGAUGGGCUGACCCUCAGUCUCCGAGAAUCACAGAAACUCUUUCAGAAUGGGAAAGAGAGAGAGAUACAGCUCGAAGCACAAAUACAAGCACAAGAAACCCAGAUCCAAGCAUUGAAAGUCAGCGAAGAACAGGUGGUCAAGAAGUCCCGAACGACGGAGAUGGCGCUGGAAGGCCUGAAGCAGCAGCUGCUGGACCUUCAUCAAUCGGAGUCCCUUCAUCGAGCCAGAGAACAGCACGAGGGCAUAGUUCGGGGUCUCACGAAGAAGUACGAAGAGCAGGUGCGGUCCUUACAGAAGAACUUGGACGCUACUGUCACCGCACUUCAGGAACAGGAAGACACUUGUUCCCGUUUGCAAGACCACAUAAAACAACUGGAAAGGACUCAAGAAGCAACCAAAUUGGAAAAGACGGAGAUCAUUAACAGGUUGACGAGAAGUCUCGAGGAGAGUCAAAAGCAGUGUGCUGGCUUGUUGCAUUCGGGCUCAGUGCAGGAGGUGGCUCAGUUACGACUCCAGCUGCAGCAAGCACAGAAGGCAUAUACUCUGAGCGAAAACAUGAGCCGGGCUCUCCAGGAAGAAUUGAUCCAACUGAAAAACGAAAUUUGUCUCUAUGAAUCUGCUGCCAAACUAGGAAUACUGCCGAGUGACUCAGAAGGAGAGUUGAAUGUAGAACUCACAGAAUCCUAUGUGAAUUUGGGCAUUAAAAAAGUCAACUGGAAGAAAUCCACAGCGAACAGCAUGGUGCAGCAAGAAGACCCAAAUGAAGCGCUCUCCAAAGACCAGCUGAUUCUGAAGCUGAAAGCGGAAGUGCAGCGUUUGCUGGGCAGCAACUCCGUGAAGCGCCACCUGGUCUCCCAGUUGCAGAAGGAGCUCCAAGACUGUCGUGGGAAGAGGGAAGGGGCCCAACCAGUGGAGAGGGCUGAGAAGAGCGUCCAGACGGAGAUUAAAACAGGCAGCUCAGAAAAACCAAUCGAUCAAUUAUGGCCUGGCUCUUGUACGCCUGAUACGAUGGGCAGAGAUGACAUUCUCCAACUUAAAAAUGAAAUUCAGGUUUUACAACAACAGAAUCAGGAACUUAGAGAAACCGAUGGAAAGCUGAGGAGUACAAAUCAAGACUUAUGUAAUCAAAUGAGACAAAUGGUACAAGAUUUUGACCGUGACAAACAAGAAACUGUGGAGAGGUGUGAGAGGACUUACCAGCAGCACCACGAAGCCAUGAAAACGCAGAUCCGGGAGAGCCUCCUAGCGAAACAUGCUUUGGAGAAGCAGCAGCUCAUGGAGGUUUAUGAGGGGAAUCGCGUGCAGCUUAGGUCUGACUUAGAUAAGAUGAACAAGGAAAUGGCUGCUGUACAGGAGUGUUACCUGGCGGUGUGCAGAGAGAAGGACAAUCUUGAAUUUAAUCUCAGGAAGACCAUCGAGAAGGAGCAGCGAUUUCAGGAGGAGAAGAAACAGCUAUUGGAAGAGCGAGAAGAAUAUAUACGCAGACUGCAGGUGCAACUUGAAGAAAAGUACCAUGACACCCUUCAGAUGGAAAAGGACAAGUGGCAGAGAGAGCGAGACACUGAUACUAAGCAGCAGGUUGAAAGUGAGCUGACAUUAGUCAAAGCCCAGUGGGAGAAGGAGCAGGAAGAGAUCAAACAAGGCCUCACUCAGCAGCUUGAAAAGGAAUGGCAGUCGAAGCUGGAACAAACGCUCAAGGCAAUGACAAAGGAGACCUCAGACUGUGGCAGCCAGACUGACCCAGCGACCCCCAUUCGUGUCCUUUUUGAGAAAGAGAUGGCAGUGAUGGCCGCUGAGCAGAAGCAAAAGAUUCAGCAAGAUGUGGAGCAGGAGAAGGAGAAAGCUCUCCAAGAGCGCUUGAAGAAACACGAGAUCGAAUUGGAACUCAAAUACUGCGAACAGAUCACCAAACAGGUUGAAGUAGCUGUGCAAAAUGCUCGUCUGCGAUGGCUGUCAGAACUGCCCGAGCUUGCAGAGUACAAAGCGCGUGUGCGAGCCGAGCAGAAGAAGUGGGAAGAACAGCAGGAACUCUCUGUGGCCAAACGGGUAUUGUUUGCUGUUUCGGAAGCGAAGGAGCAGUGGGAGCGUGAGCUUGAGGCUAUGAAGAAGGCUGUGGUCCCCGGGAAGGACCUGGAAGAACAGCUCCGUUCCCUCCAGAGGGAGCUGGAGUUGAAGGACGAGGAGGUCCCUGUAGUCGUCAGGGCUGAGUUGGCCAAAGCCCGGAGUGAGUGGAACAAAGAGAAGCAAGAGGAAAUCCACAGACUUCAAGAGCAAAAUGAGCAAGAUUACCGGCAGUUUUUAGACGACCAUCGAAACAAAAUCAAUGAGGUGCUUGCAGCAGCUAAAGAGGACUUCAUGAAGCAAAAAUCAGAACUCCUUCUGCACCAGGAGACAGAGCUGCAGACCUGUCUGGAUCAGAGUCGCAGAGAAUGGACGAUGCAGGAGGGCAGGCGGAUCCAAGUGGAAAUUUAUCAGUAUGAAGAAGACAUCCUAGCGGUGCUUGACCUUCUCCUAAGGGAUGCCCAAAAGGAGCUCGGCGGGGUGUCAGGGAAGCAGCAGCUCUUGGAAGUCGUAUCGAUUUGUUCUUCAAAAUGGGUGUCCGUGCAGUAUUUGGAAAAACUCAAGGCCUGCAUACAGAAAGCAUUUCGAGGUGUAGUCUUUUCGCUUCGAGAGAUUGCUGGCUUACGGGGGGGAAAGAACAACAUGGCUAAGAUCGCUCAGGAUCCUGCUAGCCAGUGCACUGGCAAAGGAGAGCCUGUAUUCUCAGAAGGGCUUCCUGCACCCACUUCUGGACACCAGGCUCAGCUGUUGGCCCUGCGCGGAACAGAAGCAGAAGCUGAUACGGGAAAAAUCCUUGAACCUUUAGACUCAUGCUGCCAACACUGCUCCCAAGAACUUGCGAAGGAAAAGCAAGAAUGUCAAGACCUGCAAAGAAAACUGGAGAAAUGCUGCCGGCAGCUUCAGCACUUAGAAAGGAAGCACAAAGCUGUAGUGGAAAAAAUCGGAGAAGAGAGCAGUACAGUUGUUGAAGAACUAAUAAAAGAAAACAACGACAUGAAGAAUAGAUUGGAAGAACUGAAAACCCUCAGCAAAACCCCACCAAGGUCGCUCUCAGAAGGGGCUGCUGGAAAUGCCUGCAUGCUGUGCAGCGGGAAGGCCUUGGAAGAACUUCGUGGGCAAUAUAUUAAAGCUGUCAAAAAAAUUAAAUGUGACAUGCUGCGCUACAUCCAGGAGAGCAAGGAGCGAGCUGCGGACAUGGUGAAAGCAGAGGUCUUACGAGAGCGUCAAGAAACAGCCCGGAAGAUGCGCAAAUAUUAUUUGAUUUGCCUCCAACAGAUUUUGCAGGAUAAUGGAAAACAGGAAGGGGCAGACAAAAAGAUUAUGAAUGCCGCGAGCAAACUUGCGACGAUGGCAAAGUUGCUGGAAACACCUGUUUCUAAAAGAACCCAGAGCAAGACUCCGCAGUGUGGGCCGUUGCCUCUGACUUCAGAGAUGCUGGUUGGAGCUGAAAAGUCAAAGAGGAAGGAUGUGAUUCAGAAUAUAGCUGGCUACGCUGAGAGCGAAUCAAGCAGCCUGAAAACGAUCCCCAGCACUUUGUGCAAACAAGUUCCCAAGAAGAAGGCCGCUUGUAACCUACAAAGGCGGUUGGAGGAUUCCGAGUAUGAGGACAGAAAGCUCGUGGGUUCCACAGAUUCACAGUCGGACUUUCAGUUUGGGGAUACCAGAUACAGGAAGCUGGAUCCUGCCCCAGAGAGGGUCUCUCCGGAGUGUGUGCCCUACGAAGGGGAAAGAGGCUGUGGUUCGCACAGGAAGAGAGAUCGGCUCCGGGACACCAGCUCCGCAUUACUCGUGCACUCAGCUGUCUACCCCUUUCUUGGAACUUUCCGAAACAAACCCUCACCUAGACGCAGCCCAGGCCUUUCUGACCCCAGAUCCACACCCACGCCCUGUCCGUGUCCCCACGAAAGAGCUGGCUUAAAGGUAUAUAAAUUCAAUCCCCUGGUGGAGAGUGGAGGUACCACACCUGACACAAGUCAGAGUCUGGGGAUUCAGGAAGCCCCCGUGAAGGAGGGAGAAGACCUCAGCCCCUCUCUAGACUGGAGCUCCAACAGUGCGACUUUGCCCUGUAACGGUCACGAAGUCUCCUUUGUACACAGUGGACCACUCCCGGAGUCUGUCAAACUCAAGCAGUGCUCGGCCCUGAGGUGCCUUCCAGAUUCGGAGGGAAGUGAUGAGACUUGUAGCCUAGUGAACUUCCAGGGUGAUCAUGCUCCAGACCAGGCUUCUGAAGAAACCACGUAUCCCCAGCCCGGCAAGAUCAGCAUGACUCUCGGACACCCGUCUCAUCACGCGACUGACCUAUUAAAGUCAGAUUCAAAAAAACUCAGCAGUAAGGUGCCGGCUCCAGGGUAUCGGCAGCCUUCAAGAAAACUCAUCCCUCCCCUCGCUAGUCAGCAGGACAGUGGCUUUGAUAGCCCCUUUAUCAAUCUAGACUAAUGGUUGUACAGUAUUUAAGAAGAAUCAUUAAUAUAUUGACGAGAAAACUGGAAGGAAAGAUUGCCAUACUGGAAAAUGUGUGCGUUACCUAUUUUGAGAUGUUUUAAAAACAUCUAUUACACAUGAGUGAGGUGUUCCCAUCAAAUGACUUCAGAUAGUUAUGUUGCCUUAAUCUUCCAGAAGCCUGAUAGUGUAUGUGUAGCUUGCUUCUUCUGUGUGGUACUGAUAUUUGAUUCCUAAACCAGCCUAUUUUUAUACUUAGAAAUUUGCUCUCUGUGCUGUGUUAAAUU